CUACAGUACAGCAGACGGUCGGUUUAUACAGUUUAGCAACUAAAGGCGGACUGGACAAAGUUGAAGAUCGCGAACUCGCCAGAGGAAAGCCUUCGCAAAGAAGCAUCCAAAGGUCCGAUCCUCCCCCAAUACAACCAUUCAUUCAGCUGCACAGGCUCUUCCUCACGAGUCGCCACAUUCUUUGAACCCGCUGCAGCCUCCGACUGUUUCUGCCUCUGCCUCGACUGCUGUUUCCACACAAUGCGUCCUCUAAUCCUACACAACGUCCCCGAUGAGGAGCUGUAUACCGGCGAUGAUGGCAUUACAAGGCCCUAUGCCAUGAUAUUUCCAGAAGGCGACCGCCUACGAGAUGCGCCGCGACGGAGAGCAGUAGCAGAGACGGGUUCUUUCGGAAAAUCAACCCGCAGGUCGAGGUCGAGGACCGGCAGUCUGCCCCCCAAGCGCGAGGACGCGACCAUGCAAGCUGCCGAUAGGAUCUUUUCCGACUUUCUCUCCAAGCAAGAACAGACCUCCAACCCCGCCACCCAGCGCAAGCCCAGCUAUGCCACCAUCCCCGACGACAACGCAUCAGCUCAGCUGCCGCGAAUCGUACAGGAGCCCACCGAGGUGAUACUGCGCGGCUACAAAUCGUCCAUCCAGCAGUAUGCAGCCAUCAACCACUAUGAGCAGCUGGCUGGCAGGAUAUGCGAAGACUACCCUCGCGAGCCUCCCAUCGAGCAGCGGAGAUACAAGUCAGAGCUGCGAGACCCAGCCUUUACCAGACGGAAGCCCCUGACCCCACACGAGAAGGCAAAAGUGAACCAGGUCGACGGCGGAGAACACUGGAUCAAGGUCACAUUCGAGUCUGCCGACGCGGCAAACGCUGCCACUUAUGCCUCGCCUCAGAAGAUCCUGGGCUAUCUAGUCUAUGCAGAGCACUAUCGGGGUCUGCCGCCCAUGGAGGAUGCUGCCGUCGUUGACAUGGCUGGCGACGUCGGCAUGCUACAGGACGAGAACCCACUUUCUCGAGGGCCAUCACUCCGGAGCAGAUUACAGAAGGGAAAGCAGUCUACCCUGCCCAAGAACUGGCAGUCCACCCCCGCAGUCGCUGCACCUGGUCGAACAAGCGGGCUGGAGCUUGGUAUCCACGGCUCGUCACCCGAUUCGCGAACAUCGACUCAAACCAUUGACUCUACCACCUUGUCUACUGCUACUGGCACAGCCUCGUCAGCCACCGUCACCGGCACAACUAUCAACGGGACCGCGUCAUUCAAUGACCCCCCGCGGCCCGAAAACACAGGGGCUGAGGCACAAAAUGGCGACUACUGUAGAAGGAUACCGACGGCGCGUCGUGCUAAGCUCCUGACAGCCGAGCAGGCACUUCUGCCACAGCAGGGUCUCAUUCAGCGCAUUGGCAGUCGUGUGCCCCUCAUUGGAUGGUUCAGCGGCAGCAUGAUUGGAGACGAAGUUCCUCGACUAGAGAAUGGCGAGUUCGACUUGAACAGAGCCAGCCUGUAUUGGCGUCUCAUGUACUUCCUGGAUUACUGGUUCGGGCUUUUCGGACAUGAGAUCGACCACCUGGAAAAGGAUGAUUGAGAAAACAAAGUCGGGCGAGAUCAAAGUCGUGUAAUGCAUAAUGAAAAAAAACAAAUUGGUCUUGUACAUUCGUGGGACGGCCAACACAUAAACCAUUUUCAGGAAUUGAGGAGUUGAGGAGUUGAGGAGUUUAAAACCGGGGCGCAUGAAGCGGACAUGUUAGACAGUGGCUCCCAAUGAUACUAACCUAAGACUUGAAGUAAGUAGAAUGAAUCUUCAUACUUGGUCUUCUCGUGUACGGAUAUGUAUGUUCGUCCGUUCGUCAGAACCCCACUAGCAGAAGAACUUCAGCCGAACAAGUAGGUAUACUCGACUGAAAUAACGAUUGUCUUAGUACAUAUUGUGUGCAGGGGUCCACCUAUUGCAUACCCUCACUUGAUUACAAGGUCACGGCAUGCUCCAAGGUCAUCCAAAUCUCAUGCAUGUCUGGUCGGCUCUCCUCCCAACGCCCAUCCCAUGGCCUGGAUUAGCGCAUCUGACAAUUCAUGAUACG